AAACCGUCAAUUUCGUUACCGUGUAUUCGUUAUUAUACGGGUAAAUUGGCAAGGGUUCUUCCCACAAAGGGCGCCAACGUUUAUAAAUAGAAGCUAUCCCACGACGACAGAUACUACACUAGACUGAGCCUCACACACAUCAGUUACACACUCGCUCAGUUGUCUGCUGACGUGCGUAGUAAACACCCGACAGCAAAAUGAAUACACAAAAACGCGAUACUGUCCCAUCGCACGAAACGGAUUCGUGACACGUAGUCUGCUUCAUCGCGAAAUACCUAAAAAAAUACCAAUAUUGUAGUAAAUCAAUUCGUCUAGCCUCCCUCGCAACAUGAACAUACUUUUCCGGAAGAAUUUCCAGGCGGAAGGCUCCUCCAAGGAGAGAAGCUAUUCCAGUGGUCUGGGUAGGAGGACGCCCAGCGGCAACACCAAUGCACUGGGAACCGUGCGGAGGACCAGGGAAUCCAGGUGUUCAAUGAUGAUCGACUCGGAUCAUACUUGUCCGUUUAGGACCCACAUACUCCUGGGUCACGCAAACUUCCCACAGGAGUUUGAGGACUUUGUCGGGCCACCUUUGCUGGCACAACCAAAACCCACCUCGGCGGUCCCACUCAUACGAUGGAUCCGGAGGAAACAGUCCACGGGGAAGGCCGAGACGAUCGUCACCAACACGCCACAAUUCACUAACGCCGCGGGGACCAGUGCGAGCGCGACCGGCAGCUCAGUCAACAACAAUCCAAUUGACAAGAAUUGCAGAGGUCGCCAUGGUUCGUAUUCUACACUAAAUAAUCCUACUGGUACAAACGGUCACAGUACUCUCCAUGUCAGAAAAGUCGAUUCGGCGAGCAUUGCCAAUAUGGAUAAAGAUUGUUUUAUCAUACCAAUCGCUUAUUUGGACCGAUUCCUACCCGACGGGGUCAACCUCCCCACGUCGCCAAGUCCAAACAAAACCAAUGCUCUAAAUAUGGUCGAAGUAGACGACCCGAAAACUUGCCUCAUGUUUCACAUGAUGACCACGUUGGAACCGAUCGAUCCUGUUUUAGAAUCUCCUUUGUCGGAUCCAAUGGCCAGACAAACAGCAGCUGCUUGUUCGCUACUGACAGAAAUAGCUGGAACAAAAGUAGCUUCGGAGGGCAUGUUGCUGGCAAAUUUAGAAAAAGACGCCGUGUUCCCGUUCAUCACAUAUUACGUGUUGAAUAAGUCUUCGGUGUCCAACCCUCGCGAAGUGGCGGUGAACGUCCGGAAUACGACUCUGAAAAAAUUUGACCCCAGGGCCAUCAAGCACACCACCGACCAUACUUUCGACUUGUUCACCGAAGUGGCCAACAUUGUGUGCCCGCCGAUGAGUCAGUCUAAGAGGCCUAGGGGUACGCACACCGCUUACAUCAUAUCGGUGUACAAAGUAUUCGACGGCGACGACAGCGAAAAGUUCGAGAAACACUGGCUUUAUUGGACAGGCGCACGCAUGAUCUACAACUAUCUACCGAAAUCCGCCGGCUUGAGGAGGAUAACGUUACACAAAUCGCAAUCGAACGGAGACAAACAGUACGUGCUGAUGUGCGAAUGUGCCAAUUUGCUACAAGACUUCACUUCCGUGGCCAAAUUACUGCCGGCACUCAAGGCUAGACUGUGCGGUUGCACUGGAGUGUACCGAUCUAUAUUCAUAAUUUAAUGUUUAAUUAUAAAAUAACAUG